GGACGUAGAAAACUGCAACACGCGCUCAAUCUUGCGAUGAAGAAACGUCGGAAGUUUUGAGAUACCGUCUGAUUCUAAUUGUUAUACAUAACUACUCAGUCACCGUAAAUAUUUAUUAGAUAUUUUCAACAUACACGUGUUAAGUGGAAAAUGCUGCUGUUCUGUCCGACAUGCGGGAAUGUGUUGAUUGUGGAGGAGGGACAAAAAUGUUAUAGAUUCGCAUGUAACACGUGUCCAUAUGUGCAUAACAUCACGAGAAAGGUGAACAACAGGAAGUACCCCAAACUGAAAGAGGUGGACGAUGUGCUGGGUGGUGCAGCUGCCUGGGAAAACGUGGAUUCCACACCAGAAAAAUGUCCGAAGUGCGAGCACCCGCGGGCGUAUUUCAUGCAGAUUCAGACGCGCUCCGCGGACGAGCCCAUGACCACCUUCUACAAGUGCUGCAACAUACAGUGCGGCCAUCGCUGGAGAGACUGAGCCGGCGGGGGCGUGACAUCACCACGCCGGCCAGUCCGGAGCAGCCAAUGAACACGUGCGAGAAGAGUGCGCACAACGCAGACGUUUGGUUUUCCGCCGCUACUUCAUAUGAAACCCGGGCAAAUGUAGGGUGGAAUUUAAUGGGCGCACACUGGGUUCUCUGGAAAAUGAAUUUGUUAGCCCAGUGAAAUUGCUUCUUGGCCCCGUGCAAUGUAUUUAUAGAACAAGUCUAAAUGCAUAAGGCAGAUUUGACACCUGAUCAGAACUUUUAGGUUGCUCAGGGGGAGUUUAAUAAGGAGUUCAGGUUUCUGCUUAUACAAGUGCAAACUAACAAAGGUGUGAAUCAACUGCUGAUCUGUUUACAAAGGAGUACCCUGAUUUUCUGUUUGAUAUAUCGUUGAAGAGAUCAAUCAAAGGGUAAUUGCCUUUUUGAAUAAGGGGGGAAUCCUAUCCUCUUACAUUAGAAAAUCUGACCACCUAUUUACAAGUCAAACCUGUGAUUUCUGCAGUUCAGACAGAAAAUAACCCAGGGAAAGGGCUUGGUUAGACAAGGGGUGCACAACUCUGGUCCCAGAGGGCCAGAUGGUCCUUUUUGUUCCAGCCAAUUGCCAUAGUUGUAGUUUUCUGACAGCUGUAUGAGCUACGCCGGUUCACUCCUGCACUUGAGCACAGCUAGAUGAAGCAGCCGCCCUUAAAGAAAGGCAGGCUGGGGAAGGCCUGUGUCUUUGAGCACACGGGCACCUGGCACAUCUAGACACUUUCACUCAGGUUGUUUUCCAUUACCUCUAGAUUCCUAUGUAAAGCUUAUUUAAAGCUCCAAUAACACCGAGGGCUACACACAGAAUUCUGGAUGAAAUGUGAAUAGAACUUCUCUGGAUGUCUUAAAAGUGCAAGACUAGGGUGUUGUUUUUUUUUUUAAAUUGUUGUGAAUCUGCCAUUCAGAACUCUAACCUGUAGAGGCCAUGGUGUGGAAUGUACCCUGAUGAAAUUCCCUGUGAAUUUAAGAAGAGUAGGAAGGCUUUUGCAUUUAACACAAGUUAACUUUUCUGUAUCACAUGGUUUAUUAAAAUUCUCAGAGAAAUAAAACA